ACGGGCUGCGCGCGCCCCGUUUAGUCGCAUUUACACAGCCCCGUGGUUCUCAUUGAAGACGUGAGCCCGAGAUUUUUGGUCGUGCACGCGCUUCGAACGACCGGAGACAACGGCGCCCUUAACAAAGCUCGUUUAAGCUGCUGCCAACAAGAGCUCUGACUGCUAUGAGUGACCAAACGCCGCAACAGCCCGAGACGGCCAGCCCGCGCCCAAACGACGGCGACAAGAAGAGACGGAGUCCCGACGCCGCGGCGGCGCAAAGCGCGCGCAAGAAGGCGCGCACGCCCGACACGGUGCCGCGGCGCGGACGAAUCAUACGUCUGCUCGUCGGCGGCCGCGAGCACGCCACGACGCGCGACACGCUGUCGAUGGUGCCAGAUUCGUUUCUGGACCGGCUCGUGUCGGGCGAGCUCCCGUCGACGCUCGACGAGCAGGGUCGCUACUUCAUCGAUAGAAACGGCGAGCUCUUCGUGUUCGUGCUCGACUGGCUUCGCACCGCCGGCGACGCGGAAGUAGUAGCGCGAGCCUCGCCCGACGUCCUCGGGCGGCUGCGCAUCGAGGCCGACUUCUACGGCAUCGAAGACCUCGCCGCGGCCUGCACCGCGAACCUCGAGCGCCUCGCCCAGAAGGACAAGGAGAACGUCCGGGCCCGCGCGGCGCCGCGACGAACGUCGACAACGGCGCCGCCGAUGACGGCGAAGGAGCCGUCGCCGCCGCCGCGGCGCCCGCGGGAGCCCCUCGACGCGGCUCUUUUUGCGGGGCCCGGAGACGACGACUCGGACUUUUAGAUAGUGCACAUGUUAAUACUACGGGUGU